UGUCGAGCUCCCGACCGGCGUGGAGCGUCUCCCUCCGCGGAGGGGGCAGCCUGGCCGUGGGCUAUCGAACCGGCCUUCGGGGAAAAAGGGCUGGGGCCUGCCGUUCCUCCUCCGUUAACAUGCCCUCCAGCAGGACCACCCCAGGCUUCCAGCUUCUCUGCUCAGUGGACGAUUAGCGGGCGCAGCGGCCUCCGGAGGCAAGCCUCUCCCGUCUCCCAGCCACAGCCUCUGGCCCCUCGAGGACAGCCGCCUGCCGCAGACUUCUCAGGGCACUAGGCGGACGCGAGGGAAAGCCCCGAGUCCCACCACUACUUCCUGGAGACGCCGACGAAAGCAGGUCAGCCUUCGGGCCACCCACCUCUUCUCCAAUUGCAGAGUUGGGAGACUGCCAGCCGUUCCCGGCCUUCAGAAAGACAAUUUAUUGAAUAAUUCAGCUGUCUUUUAUUGCUUCAGAUGGGCAGCUCUCAAAAAAGGCACAGUUGAAGGAUGGAUACCAUUGCAUAUAUUAAAAGCAUGUUGAAAGGAAAAUAAGAAGGCCAGGAAUCUCAGUAUGAAUCAGUCUAGAGCUAGACCAGUUGGUGGUGGUGAAGAAACUCAAGACUACAAUCAUCGUGAAAAUGAGAGAAGAUGGCAGCAAGAGCGUCUCCACAGAGAAGAAGCUUUUUAUCAGUUUAUUAAUGAACUCAAUGAUGAAGAUUAUCGGUUAAUGAGAGACCAUAAUCUUUUAGGCACCCCUGGAGAAAUAACAUCAGAAGAAUUACAACAGCGGUUAGCUGGGGUCAAGGAACAACUAGCAUCUCAGCCUGACUUGGGAAGUGAAACAAACAACAGAGACUCAGAAGUCCCUAGAGAACAUUCAAAUGAAGAUUCUCUGCUAGAAUGGUUGAACACCUUUCGGCGCACAGGAAAUGCAACUCGAAGUGGACAAAAUGGGAAUCAAACUUGGAGAGCUGUGAGUCGAACAAACCCAAACAGUGGAGAGUUUCGAUUUAGUCUUGAAAUCCACAUAAAUCAUGAGAAUAGAGGAUUUGAAAUUCAUGGAGAAGAUUAUACAGGCAUUCCACUUUCAGAUACUAAUAGAGAUAACACUAGAAAUAGGCAGCAAAGGUCAACUAGUCCUGUGGCUAGGCGAACAAGAAGCCAAACCUCAAUGAAUUUCAGUGGUAGUAGUGCCAACAUUCCAAGGACUAGGCUCAGUUCAAGGAGGCAGAAUUCAGGGGAAGGCUCUUUCUCAACAUUAGGAAGGUUAAGAAAUGGAACUGGGGGAGCAGCUGGCAUUUCUAGAACUAGUGCUCCACACACUAAUUUCAGUAGUCACACAAACCAAUCAGGUGGUAGUGAACUCAGGCAAAGGGAGGGGCAACGAUUUGGAGCAGCCCAUGUUUGGGAAAACGGGGCUAGAACUAAUGUUACAGUGAGGAAUACAAACCAAAGAUUAGAGCCAAUAAGAUUACGAUCUACUUUUAGUAGUCGAAGCCGUUCACCAAUUGAGAGACAGAGUGGCACUGUGUAUCAUAAUUCCCAAAGGGAAAGUAGACCUUCACAGCAAACUAUUAGAAGAUCUGUUAGGAGGAGAGGUAUAACUCGUGUCUUUUUAGAGCAAGAUAGAGAACGCAGAGGUACUGCAUAUACCCCAUUCUCUAAUUCAAGACUUGUGUCAAGAAUAACAGUAGAAGAAGGAGAAGAACCCAGCAGAUCCUCAACUGCUGUACAACGACAUCCAACAAUCACUCUGGACCUUCAAGUGAGAAGGAUUCGUCCUGGAGAAAAUAGAGAUCGGGAUAGUAUUGCAAAUAGAACUCGAUCUAGAGUAGGGCUAGAAGAAAAUACAGUCACUAUUGAAAGCAAUAGUGGGGGCUUUCACCGAACUAUUUCUCAUUUAGAGCGUUCAGGUAUUCGAACCUAUGUUAGUACCAUAACAGUUCCUCUUCGUAGGGUUUCUGAGAAUGAGCUUGUUGAGCCAUCAUCAGUGGCUCUUCGGUCAAUUUUAAGGCAGAUCAUGACUGGGUUUGGAGAAUUGAGUUCUCUAAUGGAGGCUGAAUCAGAGUCAGAGAUUCAGAGAAAUGGUCAGCAUUUACCAGAGAUGUACUCAGAACUGAGUAACUUAGGUACAGUUAACAACCACAGUCAGCACAGUGAAGGUUCCUCUCGAGACAGGCAGGCCCAAGAAGACAGCACUGAAAUGCAUGGUGAAAAUGAAAACACUCAGCCUCAUACCCAAAACAGUGACCACAGAGGUGGCAGGCAGUUGCGAAAUUCAGACAAUUUAGUUGAAACUGGAACACUACCUAUUCUUCGCCUUGCUCACUUUUUUUUACUAAAUGAAGGCGAGGAUGAUGAUCGAAUACGUGGUUUAACCAAAGAGCAGAUUGACAAUCUUUCCACCCGGAACUAUGAGCAUAAUAGUAUCGAUAGUGAACUAGGUAAAAUCUGUAGUGUUUGUAUCAGUGACUAUGUAACUGGAAACAAGCUCAGGCAAUUACCUUGCACACAUGAAUUUCACAUUCAUUGUAUUGACCGAUGGCUCUCAGAGAAUUGCACUUGUCCAAUCUGUCGGCAGCCUGUUUUAGGGUCCAGUAUAGCAAACAAUGGGUAGUGAUGGGAUCUAUUCAAAUGCUGUAUUUUAGUAGAGCUGAGUAUUCAAGAAUAGUUUUGCUGAGUUAUUUGUGAUGAACUAACGAGGAUGAAAAAUAACAGAUUAUAGUUUGAACUAUUUUUUUGUGUGCUUUUUUAACUUGUUAAAAAGAGGAAAUUUAUAUAAAAUUUAAAAUGCAAAUGUUAAAGUAUCCAAAAGUACAGAAUAGUUAAUAUUGCUAGAACCAAAUAACCUCUAAAAUGUUUUUAUUUUGGUAAUUUUGUUAUGUUAAGCACUUUUGUAUCUGUACAAUUCAGUAGGUUAAAAGUCAAUCUUCUUUUUCUUAAUAGUACAGCAGACUUGGACUUUCAAGUUUCAUAGGCUUAGUACUAUGUCUAGACAUUGGUGUCUAUGUUUUCAUUUAAGUUUUUAUUCUAAGGACAAUAUCUUUUCAUGAAAGUAUUUGGCUGAGUGUUCGCUAAAUACAUUUAAGUUAUUUGAAAUGUUAAAUUUAAUAUGCAGCAUACCAUGUGUAUAUAUAUAGGUAUAUAAUUUUAAGGUUAAAAUAGUCUAAAAACUAUAAGUCUGGUUCUAAUUUAAGCUUUUGAGAUAAUACUGCAUAUGGCAUAAUGUUUAAUAUUGGCAAGAUCAUUUCUGAGAGAAAGUGGAUUAAGAAAUAAUUUAAAAAUAGAGAUAGUUUACUGAAGCGUCUCUGACAAUCUGACUUAUUAUACAGCAAGCAAUAUAUGAUACUAAAGUAUUUAUUUAGAAAUGAAAAAUUUAGAACAUAUAGGUUGUUUAACUUGAGUUCUGCCUUUUUGUAAUGUUUUUGAAAGUGCAAACAAUUCUUUGGGUUAUUAAGUAAGGUAUACAAUACGCAUGGUUUCUCAAAUUUAGUUUUAACAUCUAAAAAUGUCUAAAAUCAAAUGUAUAGAUAAUAAGUUUACUUGGAGGCCAAAAAACUUUAAUUAAAACAAAAAACCUUUAAGAGAAUGUAGAAUUUAUAUAAACACAAAAUAUGCAUUGAAGAUCUAUUUCUAACAAUAAAUAUUAAAACAAAGA